AUGUCUUUCACAUGGGCGAAACCCCUCUGGACAUCUUCACAAGACCUUUCGGAAAAGCCAUAUUCUCAGCUCAGGACAUCGACUGAUGUCGAGUCGCUCGCAUCGGCUCAGGUUGAUGCCUCUCUUGAGCCUGAGGCACACAGAAAAAAGACGGUGAUUGAUGCUCGAGUCAUAUCAGAUGCCAUCAUCGGACUUUCCGACGGCUUAACCGUCCCAUUCGCUUUGACAGCAGGCUUGUCAGCUUUGGGGGACUCAAGAGUAGUGAUUCUCGGUGGCGUCGCAGAACUGAUCGCCGGUGCCAUCUCCAUGGGCCUUGGAGGAUACCUAGGUGCCAAAAGCGAAGAGGAAUCAUAUCGAGCCACUUACUCUUCCACCCGCGAGCAGAUCGCAGAAACCCCUUGCACAGCAGCAUCCUCUAUCUCAAGUGUCCUCAAUCCCUUCGAACUACCAGACACACUCGUCAACGAACUAAGUCUCCACCUCUCCAAAUCACCACACCUGCUUGACUUCCUAAUGCGCUUCGAGCACAUGCAACCCGAGCCCGCCAGCUCGCGAGCAAUCACCUGUGCCAUCACCAUCGGCCUCAGCUAUCUGAUAGGAGGUCUGGUGCCUCUGAUCCCAUACUUUUUUGUGCCCAGAGAAGAUGUGUUGGUGGCAUUGUGUUGGUCCUUUGGCGUCAUGUUAAGUUGUUUGUUUCUGUUUGGGUAUUGCAAGACCUGCUUUGUUGCGGGGUGGAAGGGUGAUGGGAGGGUGUGGCAGGGUGUGGUGGGUGGAGUGCAGAUGAUGUUUGUGGGCGGUGUGGCUGCGGGAUGUGCGAUGGGGAUUAUCAGAUUGUUCCAUAAUCUUGCGUCGGACUGA